AUGCCGGUCAUGCAACAGCCACAGGAACAGCCAAGCUCCAACAUUCUGACAACCGCUUACAACAUUCUCGUGCGCGGCACAAGAUUCUUUGCGAACCUUUGUGCUCGCAGGUCGGACAAGAGAAGACAAACUUAUGACUGGGAAGAAAGACUUGCAUAUGUUGGUGAAGAGGUCGAGCAUGAAGACGACGAGAUCAGUGAAGACGAAAAUGAUAUGCAGCUUGAGAGGAGCUGUGGGGUUGCAAGUCUGUGUUACACCCUCAUCAACCACAAAUUCUCAAUCGAAGUCAUGGCCGACGCGGAAAACAACAAGAACCACGACAAUGGUGCGGCUGCUCCUGACGAGCCCACUGGUCCACCCAUCUCCCCCAACAUGAUCGCUCGCCUUCGUGCUGCCAUCGCAAACAACCCUCGUCAGUCGACCUCUGUUUUCGUCACCGCUCUUCUGACCGUCUGUCCCGCUCUGCUUACCGGUCCUCUUCUGACUCUUUUGGGUUUCAGCGGUCUUGGUCCUGCUGCUAAUUAG